AUGGAUGCCAAACAACAACAAAUUGGCAAGGAAUUGAAGGUUGUCAACGCCCAACAACGAAUUGGCAACAAAUUGAAGGCCGGUGGACAAUCAAUUGCAGAAGAUGGCAAUGUUGACACAGCCGUCAAAAGAGACACUGCUGUUGUUUGGGAACAAGCAAAUGGGACUCUGUUGGAUGAUGACGCCCGUCAGCAACAAAGCUGCGAGAAACCCCCAAUUGCAAGUGAUAAAGAUGGCAUCACUAUCCCAAAGAAAGGCGUUGACGGUGCCAUGGAAGAAAAGCAAAGUGUAGAUGAUGAUGACCGCUCCAACAAUACUAGCAAGGACAAUAGUUCUUUAAUGCUUUUAGACGACAAGGUGUCUAAAAUUUGGAUAGAUUGUUCCCAAGACAAAGAGUCUAUACCCCUACCCACACAACAGGACGAUAUGAAGCAAUCACCAGACUUCAAUCAGUCACAAUCAACCGUCUCAAUCAGUUGGAAUCAAAGCACUCUACCAACGUUGGCAGAAGUAUUGAAAAGAUCCGUCCAACAGCCAGAGCAGAAUUUUGGAUUGGAGGCCAUGUGCUUUCUUCGCAACAUUGCCGACAGGUGGUUCCAAUUGCCACCCUCUGCGGUUCUUGACAACCAUAUCUCUUCAUGGAAACUUCAGAAGAAUGCUAGGGCAGGCUUUGGCUAUUUGUUCACACUUGUUCAGCAAAAAGACUUGCAAAAACGUAUCAAGACCAUGCAUGAGGAUAUGGUUGACCUGCGAAAAAAAUGGCAGACUACGGCUCAGGAAUACCACCGUGAAGCCAUGUUCUUUGACAUCAAGGUGGAGAAAACAUUUGUCCAGAAAUCAUGGGACCGACUUGAAUGCAUCUAUCUUUCAUACUGUAUCAUGAAGCACAUCCUUCAGAUUGCUACCUGCAGUUCGUUUGAUCGUCAAACCGCUGAAGACUGUCUCUACUUUUCUUUCAAUAUGGUGGUCAAUGAUGCCAGCCGUAAGCAUCAAAUUCUUGGCUUUUAUGCAUCCUUGUGCGUUCUUUUCCCAUCUGAAGCCCACAUUUUGGACCACAAGGCCACAAUCAUCAAGUGGUGGGGAAAAAAGGACAGAAGGCCAUGCAGCCCGCUCAUUCUACAAAUGGAUUCGAUCGGAGAAGUUUUCCACUAUCACAAAUGCCAAAACAACAACAAGAAUGAAAGAUGCUCUGGUCAAACUUGGGAAGUAUGUAUUCCCAGAGUAGGAAUUGAGCUGCCAAAGCCAAAGAAAAAUCCAAAGCCCCCGUCACCAGCAGCGGCCCCGGCACCAGCUCUGUCAUCAUCAUCAUCAUCAUCAUCAUCAUCAUCAUCAUCAUCAUCAUCAUCAUCAUCAUCAUCAUCAUCAUCAUCAUCAUCAUCAUCAUCAUCAUCAUCAUCAUCAUCAUCAUCAUCAUCAUCAUCAUCAUCAUCAUCAUCCGUGUCACCUGCUUCAACACCUGCAAGCAAUGAUGUGAUACACUGUUAUACCAGGCUUGGAUCAUGCUAUGAUGAUGAAAUUGCAGCAUGGGGCACAACAGAAUUUUUCUACUGUGAUGACGAUGGUAACAAAAACUAUGUGUUGGUCUCAACUAUUCAGUUGAUGAUGUUCAAGAACCUACACUGUUAUGAACAUGGAUUCCGAUUUUGCGAGGGUGCUAACUUCCCAGUAGCAAAGGAUGGCAAGUGUGUUGAAAGAUAUUUUCCAACUGGGAAGAUGUCUCAUGUACAACAAUCACCCCCACCAAAGAAAAUGCAUUGGCAAUCCUUCAGAUAUGAUAGGAUGGACUCUUUGUUCUUCCAAGAGCACAUGGAACCAAUCAUUAAGGUGGAUCCCAAAGAGAAUGAAUCGGAGGAAAAACUGUCAUCUGAUGAAGACAAGAAGGAAGGUUCAUCUGGUGAAGGAGGUGAUUUUCCUAAGUUUACACCCAGGUUUGAUGAGCUGACCAAGGCUAUUAUACGCUGGUGUCAACAACAACCUGGUGGAGACCAGGUUUUUAGUGGAGUGAACGGUGGAAUUUCAGUGUAUUCUUGGGAUGUUGUGGAGGAAGCAUUGCACUUUGAGAACAAGGGGAGACACCUGAGAGACCUUGAGUACAAGGUGGGUCACUGGGAGGAUAAGGUUCUUGUGGCCUCUGUUAGAGACUGUGCAAUCUUUGCUUGGAACUGCAUGAGAGAUGGCAUGUACUACAACAGACCUAGUUUUCCAAAUGCAUUUGGUGAAGAGGGUGGGGAUGUGCAGAGGCUUUGGGUGAGGCUUGGUAUUGACUCAAAUACACCAAUGGGAUUCUCCAGAGUCACCUUGGAUGUCUAUGUGGUGGUCAAGGAUUUGGCCUAUGAUUUCUCCAUGAGUAUGAGUACUACAAAGAAACCAUUCAAGCAGACAGUGAUGCUUUCCAUUUUCCUGGAUGAUCAUAAAACCGAACCCCAAGCAACCAUGUUUUUCCUAGUGAUGACCUUCCACUACAAAUAUCUCAACAAUGAAGAUGACAAUGGCAACUCAAGUGCAGAUUCGGAUUCAGACAUGAUGGGGAAUGCUAAAAAGCGACAGAAAACUUAA